UCAGGUGUAGAGUUUAUUUGUAAAGAUAGAGUUCGUUAAAAGCAUUCAUUUUAAAGUAAUUGAAAGUAUCUUACGUUGUGCUCAUCAAUAAUAAAAUCCCUUUAAUAAUCCUCGAUGCAUAGAAAUUAAUAAAGUAUUUUUAUAUCGCGGUUUUUCGAAUGUGGCCAUACACUAUUGUGUGUCCAGACUAAACAAAGCGCGGAAGUACAAAAAAAUUGUGCGUGGAAUUAGAAGAUUUUUAUGUUAAUUUGUUAAUAAUCAUAAGCGUUAAUGAAUGUCUGAGAGUGAUACUUACGAUUCGGUAGACGAAUAUACAAGCCUAAUGGACGGUCACGUCGCGGAAUCUCGCACGGACGACCUGGGCUUGGUCACUGGUCGAAAGAGGCGUUCACGUAUUAGUAAUGAAGAGGUUGAAGAUGGUAUUCCUGAGGUCCAUAUUCAAACACCAGGUACAUUAAACAAUGCAAGUUCAGGUAGGAGAGGUACAUCAAGUAAUAGUGAGCAAAACAGAUCAAGAAAUUAUAGAGAAGAAGAAGAAGAAGAAUUGAAGUAUGGAGCAGUACAUGUUAUUAAAUUAUUUGUGCCUGUAUCUCUUUGUAUGUUAGUUGUAGUUGCCACAAUUAGUUCUAUAAAUUUCUACACAGCCAAAGGACUUUAUUUUAUUUAUACUCCAUUUCAUGAAGAGAGUUCUGACACAAGUACCAAAGUUUGGCAAGCAGUUGCCAACUCUUUGAUACUUAUGGUUGUCAUUGUAAUUAUGACUGUGUUACUUAUUAUCCUAUACAAAUACAAAUUUUACAAAGUAAUCAAUGCAUGGUUGAUAAUAAGUUCCUUACUGUUGUUGUCUAUGUUUUCUAUACUAUAUUGCGAGCAAAUAUUAAAAGCAUACAACAUUCCAAUGGACCUGUUCACAUUAGGCUUAGUUUCAUGGAAUUUUGGAGUGGUUGGAAUGAUAUGUAUACAUUGGCAAGGUCCUCUACAAUUACAACAAGCAUAUCUUAUUUUUAUCUCUGCUCUAAUGGCACUUGUUUUUAUUAAAUAUCUGCCAGAAUGGACAGCAUGGGUUGUACUAGGUGUCAUCAGUAUUUGGGAUUUGAUUGCUGUGUUAACACCAAAGGGGCCCCUAAGGAUACUUGUAGAGACUGCCCAAGAGCGGAAUGAAUCUAUUUUUCCUGCAUUGAUUUAUUCUUCUACAAUCAUGUACACUGUUAUGAUGACUUAUGCUGGCUAUGUACAAACAACAAUGACUACUAGCGAUACUGCUACGGGUGAUAAUACGACAUAUCCUGUGCGUAAUCAAACAGAUAAUCAAAAUAAUCCGGCAUCUGGAGAUACAGAAGAAGGCGGGUUUACACCUGAAUGGAUAGACACACAUGGUGAUAGAGGAGUGAGGCGGGCACAAGAAGUACGCGAAAACACCUUGUCGCUAACAGAAAGAUCAAGGCAACAAGAUAAUCGCGUAGCACGUGAAUCACAAGGACAACAAAUUGCAGUUACUGAAGAGCAGCGAGGAGUAAAGUUAGGUCUCGGUGAUUUUAUAUUUUAUAGUGUUUUAGUUGGAAAAGCUUCAAGUUAUGGUGAUUGGAACACGACAUUGGCUUGCUCCGUUGCCAUUCUUAUCGGACUUUGCUUAACACUAUUAUUGCUGGCUAUAUUCAAGAAAGCAUUGCCUGCUUUACCGAUCUCUAUUACGUUUGGUUUAACAUUCUAUUUCGCCACCAGGGUAAUCGUUGCGCCGUUUGCGGAUAGUUUAGCGAGCGGGCAAGUGUUCAUUUAACUGUAGGUAUGAUAAGCAUAACAUUCAUAAUUUAUUACAAAAGAAUAGUGCUUAUUUAUAUAUGAUC